AUGCCCAAUAUUAUUAAAAAAAUUCAAACUAAUGACUUCGAAUCAUUCCCAUAUAUCUUUCAAAAGAAUAUAGAUAUUCCAUUGAAGACUGAUAUAACGGGUGGUAAUAUUGUUAGGGCUAACGUAUAUAGGCCAAAGAGCUCAGAGAGAUUUCCUGUCUUGAUUACUUAUGGUCCAUAUGGGAAAGAUAUCCAUUAUAAAGAUUUUCAUCCAAACUCUUACAAAGAAGUAGAUAAUGAACAAUAUUCGGACCAUGCGGCUUGGGAAGUUCCUUCUCCCACUUAUUGGACAAAACAGGGAUAUGUAAUCAUUAGAGUGGACGAAAGGGGAAGUGGACAAUCCCCUGGGAUAUUAGAUACAAUGUCCCGAGGUACGAGUGAAGCUUUUUAUGAUGUAAUUGAAUGGGCUGCAGAACAAUCAUGGAGUUCAGGUAACGUAGGACUUUUGGGUAUCAGUUACUUUGGUGGAAGUCAAUGGCGGGUAGCAGCCAGACGCCCGAAAGGACUAAAAGCGAUAAUUCCUUGGGAAGGUAUGUCAGACUACUAUAGGGAUCGAGUUAGACAUGGUGGUAUCCUUUCUAAUGGAUUUAUUUCAUUUUGGUGGAACAGGCAGGUUCUCAGCAAUCAAUACGGCUUACCAGGAAGGAAUGCGAGAGAUUGGGGUGAAGACACGAUUGAAGGUGAUCUCGACGAAGAAGAAUUAAUUGCUAAUCGUCGGGAUCAGACGAUUGAUACAGCGAAUCACAUAUAUCUGGAUGAUGAUUAUUAUAAGCUGAAAGAAUUUAAUCUUGAAGAUAUAGAAGUCCCUCUUCUUAGCGUGGCUAACUGGGGAGGUAUUAUGCUUCAUCUCAGAGGAAAUAUUGAAGGUUACAAUCAUGCUGGCUCCCGAAAUAAAUACCUCAGGACUAUUGUUGGAAGACAUGAUUUGCCAUUUUAUUACAAAGAGAAUGUUGCAAUGCAGAAAUCUUUUCUCGAUGCUUUUCUAAAAGGAGAAGACAGAGAUGGCUGGUCAACCGGAAAAAUGCCCAAAGUCGAAAUUCUUUUGAGAAAAGGUAAUGUAGGAUAUAAUAACCCAACUGGAGAAAAAAAGUUUUCUACUAGAAUUGAAAAUGAAUGGCCGAUAUCUAGAACUCAAUAUACUAAAUAUUACUUGGCUUCCGAUAGGUCUCUUAGCCCAAACCAAAGUGGUAAGGUAGAAACAACUUCCAUGAGUUACAAAACAUUGAGUACUCUUGAGAGUCCGGAUGCUAUUCAAUUUAUUACUCAACCAUUUGAAAAAGAAGUAGAGAUUACUGGGCACAUUACUUCUCAACUAAAUAUUUCUGUUGAUGACGAAGAUGUGUCCCCAUCGGAUAUCGACAUAUUUGUCACAUUGCGUCAUCUUGAUAAGGACAGUAAAGAGAUUUUAUACACAGGAACUGCAGGGGAUCCUGUUCCUCUUUGUAAAGGUUAUUUACGAGUUUCUCAUAGAAAAAUCCAAGAAAGUCACCCCUGGAAUAGACCAUAUCUUCCAUACAGGACAUAUGCAAGUGCAGAUUCGCUUGAGGUUAAACCAGAAAACGUCUAUACUGUUAUUGUCGAAAUUUGGCCGACCAAUGUUGUUCUCGAAGUAGGUGAUAAACUCGUUUUCGAAGUUUCUGGUGGGGAUACCCAGGGUUGUGAUCGUUUUCAACACAAUCAUCCCCAAGAUAGAAAUGAAAAGAAAUUAGGUAGAACCAAUAGAAUCCAUUUUGAUUCUACCUACGAAAACUACGUAAUACUUCCUAUAAUCCCAGAGAAAUAA